CUCCCUACGAAAGUUAAUGGCAGUAAAAUAAAAUAGAACGUAAAAUGAAGUGUAGCGUUGGACCAAAUCAAAAUCCAAAGCAAUCCUCGUACCAGUGAACUCGGAACACACAACAGAAAGAUCCCGCCACCGCCCGCCGCGCGCCAUGUCAUCCUCCCCACCGAUCAUCACCGCGGCCCGCCUAUUCCACCACCCCUCAUACUGGUGCCAUUUCUGCGACACCAGCAUCAGCCUCCCACCCUCCCCCUCCCCCGCCAUCCUACUCUGCCCCAACUGCCGCCGUGACUCUCUCGAACAGAUGGAAUUGGAGGACUCUCUCUCCCCACAAAACUCGCGCUCCAUGGAUCCCACUCCUGCCGCCACCCCGACGUCAGAAGACACCGUCAUCAGUGGCCACUACCUUCACCGCCUCAUCGACAGCGUCACCACCACCUCCACCGCCAACGCAGCCCCAAGGUCCGCCAUAGACUCUCUACAAGAGAUCACCAUCACCAGCGAUAGCGACCCCGAUAUGCUCUGCCCAGUGUGUAAGGACCCGUUUCUCCUAAACUCCACAGAGAAAAUGAUGCCGUGUAAACACACUUAUCAUUCAGAUUGCAUCAUUCCAUGGCUAAAGAUAAAUAAUUCCUGCCCCGUGUGCCGGUUUAAGUUGCCGGCGGGGGAGGAGGGUAAGGCGGAGAGUGGGGUGCGAUUUGCGAGGCUUCAAGAUUGGUUCGGAGUUGAUGAGGAGCUUGGUGAUUUUGGGACUCUAGGUUACAUUUCAAGGAGGCGUCAACGGAGUGAUGGGGGGAGAAUUGGGGGUGCGAGCCAUGGGAGUUUGCUUUCGCCACUGCAAAUUUGGGAGGUGGAGAGAGGGAACCGUGACGAUGACGCAUUUGCUAUGGUCUAAACUUCCAGUGGGAUGUUUGUCCGAUUUUGUUCCGUUUGAGCAGAAAUUAGAGGUAAUGUAUAUAUCUUGGGAGGCUCUUGUUUCUUGUUCUUUGCCAACUUAUGUCAAAUAACGAGCUGCGAGUCUUGGCUUCUUAAUGUAAGCACAAACCAUAACCAGCUUGUAAUGCAAACUUUGUGCUUUCAGCUAUAAAACUUAUCCUUUCUUGUUA